AUCCUCCCUCCCUCCGCCUGGCUCGUGUAGUCGGGCACUAAUCGCCCGCCAUACAACCGGGAGCAGCGUGGUAGGCACAACAAGCUCAGCGGUGCGCUCGGUGCGCUCGCUCCUCCUGCGCUGCGCUGCGCUGCGCUCACUGCAGUUCCUCCCCUGGCACAGAGGGACCACACCGACCUGCCCCGGCUCGGCUCGGCUCGGCUCGGCUCGACUCGGCUCGACUCGGCUCGGCUCGGCUCGGCAACGGACGGAGGAGAAAUGAGCUCGCCCCCCGCCGCGCACAUCGCACUUACCGGGAGCGUGUGACGUGCUCUUAUUCACACACGCGCGCACACACACACACACACACACAUACUCACACACACACACACACACACACACACACAUAUACAGAAGAUCCGCACACCGGUCGGCCGCUGUUCGCGGAUCACGCAGCUCGGCGUCGGACGGUCCCGCGCGCAGCACCGGACCAUGGCGGAGAGGAGCGGCCGGCUGAGCUUCCCCGGGAGCGGGGCGCUCAACAGACCGGUGCCCAUGAACCUGUUCGCAACGUGGGAGAUCGACGGAUCCUCCCCGAACUGCAUCCCGAGAUUGUGCAGCCUGACUCUGAAGAAGCUGGUCGUGAUGAGGGAACUCGAUAAGGAGCUGAUUUCCGUGGUCAUAGCGGUUAAAAUCCAGGGCUCCAAGAGGAUUUUGAGGUCCCAUGAGAUAGUGCUGCCACCCAGUGGGUCAGUGGAGACGGACCUGGCGCUCACCUUCUCGCUGCAGUACCCGCACUUCCUGAAGCGAGAGGGAAACAAGCUGCAGAUCAUGCUCCAGCGGCGGAAGAGAUACAAGAACCGAACCAUCUUGGGCUACAAGACCCUCGCCGCGGGGUCUAUCGACAUGGCAGAGGUGAUGCAGCACCCGACAGAGGGAGGCCAGGUCCUCCCUCUCUGCGGCAACCAGAAGGACAUGCUGGGCAAGGUGGCAGAGAUCUGGAUCUUUUCCCUGUCCAGUCAGCCAAUAGACCACGAGGAGGCGGCCCUGCAGGAGGAGCAGAAGAUCAAAUGCUCCGACAACUACUCGGAGGAAGAGUACGAGAGCUUCUCCUCGGAGCAGGAGGCCAGCGACGACGCGGUGCAGGCGCAGGAUCUUGAGGAUGACGAGUACGAUGUGAGGAAGCCGAAGAAGCAGAGGAGGUCGAUUGUCAGGACCCCCUCCAUCACCAGACAGCAGAACUUUAAGCAGCGCGUGGUGGCUCUUCUGAAGCGCUUCAGAGUUUCAGAUGAGGUGCUGGACUCGGAGCAGGACCCGGCAGAGCCGCCUCCCGAGGUGGAGGAGGAGGACCUGGACCUGGACAGCGUGGAGUUUGAGAACCCCAGUGACAGCGGCCCAGAGCUGGAUGACGAUGACAGCGUCCUCAGUACGCCGAAGCCCAAACUCAAGCCAUAUUUCGAGGGUCUCUCCCUCUCCAGCUCUCAAACUGAGAUCGGCAGCAUCCACAGCAGCCGGAGCCACAGGGAGCCUCCCAGUCCGAUUGACCCGGAUAAAACCAAGGGUGGCGGAGGCAAGUUUCCAGACGACGGCGUGUCCGAUAAUGUCUCCUUUGAGCAGCCGGAGGCGGUGACUCCGACCACCGAGCUGGAGAUGGACAACAUGGACACGUUUCUAGAGCGCCUGCCACCUAGUGGCAAAAUGACCAAGACAGAGUCGCUCAUCAUCUCAUCCAACAGGCAGGAACCGAAGUUGGCGGGGAGACGAGGCAGGAGCACGUCGCUGAAGGAGCGCCAGCCCAGCAGGCCGCAGAACGAGAGGGCCAACAGCCUGGACAACGAACGGUCCCUGGACACGCGCUGCCACCUACAGAUCCCGAGAAAGACGGUGUACGACCAACUGAACCACAUCCUGGUGUCUGAUAACCACCUCCCCGACAGCAUCAUCCUCAUCAACACGUCGGACUGGCAGGGCCAGUAUCUUUCAGAUAUGCUUCAGAACCACCACCUACCAGUGGUGUGCACCUGCACCACAGCAGACAUCCAGGCUGCGUUCAACACCAUCGUCUCCCGCAUACAGAGAUUUUGUAACUGCAACUCCCAGACGCCCAUUCCCAUAAAGAUUGCCGUGGCCGGAGCGCAGCACUACCUGAGUGCAGUGCUGAGGCUUUUUGUGGACCACCUCUCCCACAAGACCCCUGACUGGCUCGGAUACAUGAGGUUCCUCAUCAUCCCGCUGGGUGCACACCCAGUCUCGAAAUAUCUCGGCACCAUCGACUAUCGAUACAACAGCUUGUUCCAAGACGCUGCCUGGAGGGACCUGUUCCACAAGCCGGAAGCCCCUGUUGUUGCCCAGGAGAGCCCGGAUGUGGUGUCGAGGGUCACUCAGUACAUGGUGGGAGCCAACGGAGCUCACCAGCUCCCCAUCGCAGAGGCCAUGCUCACUUACAAACAGAAGAGGAAAAAGAGCUUUCAUUUUGAUUUUGCAGUAAGCCCCGAUGAGGACUCGUGUCAGAAGUUCAUCCCCUUCGUUGGAGUGGUGAAGGUCGGCAUCGUGGAGCAGUCCUCGGCAGCGUCAGGAGACUCUGAUGAUGCAGCGCCUCUGGGCUCCUCGCUGCUCUCCUCCACCCCUCCACAAAUAUCACCUGCACUCAAGGAGGCGUCGCCCACCCCGCCCUCCUCGCCCUCCGUCCACACCAGCUUCUGUGCUUACAGUUCUGUUGGUCAGACAGAGCUGAUGGGGCUUCAGGUGGACUACUGGGUGGCUCCGACAGAGAGGAAGAAAGACGUGGAGAAGCGGGACACCUCCUCCAAAAACACGCUGAAGUGCAAUUUCCGCUCGCUGCAGGUCAGCCGGCUGCCGCUGGGAGGAGCCGAGACGGGCCCCCAGCCCAGCAUGUCCAUGACGGUGGUGACCAAGGAGAAGAACAAGAAGGUCAUGUUCCUGCCAAAAAAGAGCAAAGACAAGGAGGUGGAGUCGAAGAGCCAAGUGAUCGAGGGCAUCAGCCGGCUCAUCUGCACUGCCAAGCACCAGCAGACCAUGCUGCGAGUGCUGAUUGACGGCGUCGAGUGGAACGAUGUCAAGUUUUUCCAGCUGGCGGCACAGUGGUCCUCACACGUCAAACAUCUCCCCAUCGGGAUCUUUGGACACACGAAAGGUCCAUACUAGCAGCACCUAAGAGACUGAGACACUGAGGACAGCUCCCCCUUCCCUUCCCUCUCCUCUGGUGCCAACAGUUUUUACCCCCCUUCACCUCACCUUCCCCCCUCAGCACACUUCCUCUAUUCUGCCGUCUUAAUUUAAGCUCCCGCUUUCCACGGUUGCGUCUGUCCAAUUAUUUUAAUCUUUUGCUCGUUUUUUUUAAUUUUCUAUUUAUGUCAGAAAUGUCUCGAGGCAGUGCUGCCAAGAGAAUAUUUCUUUACUCUGCUUUUUAAAAGAAGAAAAAAAAUCCUGCUGAUGUUUUAUAGACUUUUGAGAAGAAAAAAAAAAGCUUAAUUAAAUAAUGAUUAGAAAAUGACUUCUGACCUUUGACAUACUGUACGAGUGCCCAGGUUUCACCCACUACCGUCCUGAUUUUUUUAAUUUGGUGGGGUUGGUUUCAAGCACUUGGCCAGCACAAGUAGUCAAGAAUAUAUUAAAAAACAACAGGAGCAAUGAAGUGGAAGAGGUGAUGGGCAUCUUAUUUCAUGAUGAAGACAUUUUGGGAUGCGCAACUUCAGACACUUGCUGAUUCAUCGUCUUAGCCCUGAAGAACUAAAAAUAUACGGCCUCCGACCUUUGACCCUCUGCACUAUAUGAAGACGUCUAAUGUGCAAUAGACUGGAUACUGUGUGAACGCGUUUUCAAAAUAAUAAUCUGACACUGUUAGAAGGUUACAGGCUGCUCUCAGUUGUGAUUUCCACUGAAUGUGUUUCCCUGUUUUUUAAUUUUCUCCUCCUGGUAAACUGGCUUGAGGUUUGAAGACUUUUGCUCCAAAAUUAGAGCCCAAAAGUUAUAACAUAAAGCAAAAAAACACCCCUUCUUUUUAGAAAAUGAUUAAUAGCACAAAACUCUUUUUAGCUUAUUCGCUUUAUGGACAAGAGUUGUAUGAGAAGAUCGAUAAACAUUUUCCGCUGCACGGUUAAUAUACGAGAUACGGCUAGCAGCUAGGUUAGCUUAGCUUUUGUCGAAAGGCAAUAAAAUCUGUCUACCAGCUCCUUCAAAGUGCACAAAACUAAACAAGAGUAAAACUAAAUGUUUGUUUUUAGGGGUUUACAUGUGACUGGGCACAUAACCAGCUGGAAAAAGCUUGUCAUGUUUCCAAAUCAAGAUUUUGUAGACGGAGCUAUGCUAGCUAUGCUAGCUUUCCACCAUUUCCAGUCUUUUAAGCUUAAUCGACUGCUGGCAAACAGCUAGCCUGGGCACGUAUUCAUAAAAUAAAUCUGCCUACCAGCAUCUCUAAAGCUCACAAACUAACAUGUUAUAUCUUGUUUAUUCAGUCCGCACAAAAACUGAGCCAGGCCAGCUGUUUCCAGCCUUUGCGCUGUAAACCAAGCUAAGCUAGCCUGGAGCUAUACGAGAUGAGCGUGGUAUCAAACUUUAUGUCUAACUCUCAGCAUGAGAGUGCAAUUGUUUCCUUUGACCUUGUUUAAUAAGAUGAAAUCAAAUUUACAGAGUGUUUCCUCUGUAUUAAACAAAUGUUUCCUAAAAUGUUUGUUGGGAAAAAAAACUCUUUCUCCUCAAGCCCCACACUCCAUAUCUUUUUGCUUAAAGCAAAUUAGUGUUUUUGUUUUGUUCUGCCAAAGGGAAUAUUCGUCCACUGCAGCUCACUCACUUUAUCACGACUGUGUGGUAUUUUUAGAUGACUUCAUGACGUAGAGAGGUGAAUGUAUUGAAGGUACCUUAAUGUAAAGCACUUUUAAAUGUUCGUCCAUGAUAGAUAUUAUGUGUGUUAAACCGGCUCCCGGGAACCUGCAGGCACGACGGGCCCUGGUUUACAAGAGGCACAUAGAGACACCGCAUCAUACCUGAGGUCAACAACAGCACAAGCAGCGGCGAUGCGGCAUCACAGUGGAUAUGCAAAGUCAACCGAGCAUCCGUAUCUUCUCUGUGCUGCUUAAUAUCACUUUGUGCUCAGUGUGAAGCCUCGUCGGACUGUGUUAGAUUUUAGUUUUCAUAUUUUGUCAGGUUUAUUAGCUUAGUAUGUGUAUGUGAUGUUAACAUCUCAACAACAACAAAAAAAAAUGGUUCCGUCCGUAAACUUUGAAUCUUCAGUUGACUAUUAGGCAUAAAAACUCAAAGUGUUUUUGCUCGUAAAAAUUUCUUUCAGUAGCAGUUUCCUCAUAACCUUUGCCAAUUUCUUGAUAAGUGCCUAAAUUGCUUCAUUUUGACAGAUCAUUAUGAAUAAAGGUCUCUGGCUAACAUGGUGCAGAUUCAGGUGCAACAACAAAAUAUCUCAGUUCUGAAUUGAAUGGAGGAAAAAUCACACUCGGGCCAGUUGACUCUCGAACGUGGGUUUGGGUUAAUUAAAACAAGACUAAACAAGACUACAGUCCAUUCAUGUUAAGCAUACAUUAGUUUCUUUAUAAAGAAGAUGCUCUAGAUGUUUUGUUUUCAUAUUGUCUGUCUCAGAGAAAAAGGCUUGUUGAAACUGAAAGUUCCCCUAAAGACUACCACUGUAAUCCCAAAAACUGGGAGUAAUAAAAAUACUAUACACACUAAAAUGUA